AUGGAUUGUUUGAGAACUUCACCGAGCAAUUCCUGGAUUUAUCCCACUGUAAUCCUCUGUUUAUUUGGAUUUUUCUCCAUGAUGAGACCCUCAGAACCAUUCCUUAUCCCAUAUUUAUCUGGACCAAGUAAAAACCUGACCAGCACAGAGAUCACCAACGAGAUCCUUCCUGUUUGGACCUACUCUUACCUGGUGCUGCUGCUCCCCGUGUUUGUCCUCACUGAUUACGUCCGCUACAAGCCGGUCAUCGUCUUACAGGGGAUAAGCUUCAUCGUCACCUGGCUGCUGCUCCUGUUUGGCCAAGGAGUGAAGAUCAUGCAGCUUGUUGAAUUUGUCUAUGGUCUGGUCUCGGCCACCGAGGUGGCCUACUAUGCCUACAUCUACAGUGUGGUCAGCCCAGAGCACUACCAGAAGGUGAGCGGCUACUGUCGGAGUGUCACGCUGGUGGCCUACACAGCGGCCUCGGUGCUGGCCCAGCUCCUGGUUUCCCUGGCAAACGUGUCCUACUUCCACCUCAACGUCACCACCUUGGCCUCUGUCUCCGUGGCUUUCUUCUUCUCACUCUUUCUGCCAAUGCCCAAGAAGAGCAUGUUUUUCCACGCAAAACCCAGCAAACAAGCUUCUCAGAAGACACCAGGACAGACUGCUGUCCUAGAGGAAGCCAAUAGAGGUGAUGAAGCAGCCCACCAAGAAGCAGGCACCCUUUCCAGGCAUGGGGAGGAGAGCCAGCCCAGCAGCCCCAAGCCCAGACAUGAGGCUUUGAGGAGCUGCGUGCAGUGGUUCCAGGAUCUGCGGGAGUGCUACUCCUCCAAGCGUCUUUUCUACUGGUCCCUGUGGUGGGCUCUUUCCACAGCGGGUUUUAACCAGGUUUUGAACUAUGUGCAGAUCCUGUGGGAUGACAAGGCCCCAUCCCAAGAUUCCUCCAUCUAUAAUGGAGCAGUAGAAGCUAUUGCAACAUUUGGAGGGGCCCUGGCUGCCUUCGCAGUGGGUUAUGUGAAAAUCAACUGGGAUCUCCUGGGGGAGAUGGCUCUGGCCAUCUUCUCCACGUUCAGUGCAGGGUCUCUGCUCCUCAUGCAUUACACACUCAGCAUCUGGGUGUGCUACACUGGCUAUUUGGUGUUCAAGUCCAGCUAUAUGCUUCUCAUAACCAUAGCAGUAUUUCAGAUCGCGGUGAACCUAAGCGUGGAGCGCUAUGCCCUGGUGUUCGGAAUGAACACCUUUAUUGCCUUGGUGAUUCAGACUGUCAUGACUGUGAUUGUGGUGGAUCAGAGAGGGCUCAACCUGCCAGUCACCACGCAGUUUUUAGUUUACGGGAGUUAUUUUGCAGUCAUCGCUGGCAUUUUCCUGAUGAGAAGCAUAUACAUUCUCUACUCUGCCAAAUGCCGAAAGGAAGUACAGAGCCCAGCUCAGCCACAACCAGAGGAACCCAGGAACAUGGGCAUGGCGACAAAGCUCUGA